AUGCUAAAAUUGAAUGAAGUAAAACUAGCUAUCAACUUCCUAUCAGUUUUAUUUGAUCCUGAAAAUACUUAUUCAUAUUAGUAGGUUUUGAUAUGCUUGCCAGGAAUUGGUCUGGCUACAUUCAAGAAACUGUUGAGUGAAGCUGAUGAAUAUGAUGUUUCAAGUAUAAAUACUGAUGAAGAAUAGAUUAGAAUUUCAAGUUUCUUAGGUAGUAUGUAAAAGCUAGAUUUGAAUGAUUGGGAUGAAAACUCAUAAAUAAAUCAGAUUGCAAAUAUUAGAAGAAUUCCUUCAUUAUAAUCAGUUAUACCAGAAAGCGAGCGGCUUUAAUAAAUUGAUGCAAAAACUAUUCUCAAUAAGAAAUAAGUAAAAUCAGUCAAGCUCUUGUUUGAAGUUUUAAAGAAAUAUGAAGAUGUAGAUAUUUCUUAAGUUCAACUAAUAAUAGAGUACCUCAAUAAACUCAACUUUUUCAAUAUCUGCAUGCAAAAAGCCAAUAUUCACUAGAACGAGAAGACAAUUAAAGAAAAUAUAAUAUAAGUUUUGGAUAAAUUGAGCAAGUUCUAGUGUUUUAAGGAUUUCUCUUAAUUAUAUAAGGAUUAAGAUGAAAUGCUUUUUAAAGGGAAUACUCACCAAGAUGAAGAAGAUAAGAAAGUGAGAUUUAUCACUAUACAUUAAUCAAAGGGUCUAGAAUUUGAACAUGAAAUAUUCCUUAUAAUAUAAAGAAAAAUGAAGAUCCAUUAGAAUUUAUUGAAGAAGAGAGAAGACUUGCAUUUGUUGCAUUGA